AUAACUAUUAUUCGUUUAAGAACGUAAGGAAUAUCUGAUUAAAUCAGUCCAUAUUUAAAGUUCGCGCUGUGAAGUCGCGUUCGAAAGCUAAAUUAUCGAAGUUCAUGAUGACCGGAUCCAGGUGCGGUAACAUACCUGUGGCAAGUGAAGCUUCCAAAUUCUAUCUAAAUGAUUUAACACAUCGUGUCGUCGCGAACACUGGAAGAUAUGACGAUCGGCAUCAUUUAGGAAAGAUCAUCCUGCAAAACCUUAGAGACAACCCGGACUUUGUGAUGCAAAUAGAUGCAGCUACGGGAGAGUCGGAAACCUUCGGGUCAGUAUUAAAGAGAUCGGUGCAAUGUGCUAAUGGGCUCAGAAAAUUAGGUCUUAAGACCGGCGACGUCAUGAUCAUAAUGGCACCAAACCAUUUGGACUUGGCCAUACCGUUCUACGCAGCCUUGUAUCUUGGAAUUACUAUUGCUCCUAUUGACACGAUGUUAAAAGUCAGCGAGCUUGAGGACUUAUUUCGUAUUGAUGUCCCGAAUAUAAUAUUCUGCCAAAAUGAAAAAUUAUCAGAAGUUCUGGUAGCUUCCAAGGUAUUAGAGGAAAAACCAGAAAUAAUUACUUUUGAUAAAAGUGAUGAAGUGCCUACUUUCGCAGACUUUCUUCAUAAGUAUGGAAACGACGUUAGUGUUGAAGAUUUCAGAGCUUCUGAUUUUUCGCCGAAAUCUACAUUAGCUAUUCUAUUAAGCACUAGCGGCACGACAGGCAAACCGAAGUCAGCCGCCGUUUCACACAGAAGUUUCGUAAUAUCUUUGCCCUACUUCUGGCUAAGGUUUACAAAAUUCCCAACACCAACAAGAUUACCAAUCAUCGUGUCUCCAAUUCAGUGGCUGUCAGCGAUUAUACAUUACCUUGGUGCACCUGUAUUCAAGUACACCAGGCUACAGUCUUCUUUACCAGCGACGCAGCAACACACUUACGAAAUGAUCAACAAAUACAGACCAUCAUACAUCAUUUCGAGUCCAACUAUGUUAACGACUCUUAUAAAGCCUAUUGAUAGAGACAGUUGUGAUUUUUCGUGUUUCGAAACAAUACUGGUAGGAGGAGGUGCCGUACCCGACAACCUUAUUGAAGAUGCAAAGAAAUUUAUGCCUAACGCGGAUAUAGAACAAGGUUAUGGUAUGAGUGAAGCCACGACGUUAGUAUUUCUAAAUAUUGGUCAUGCGCCCGGCUCCUGCGGGAAACCGCAUGGAUUGUUCCAGUAUAAGUUGGUAGAUCCUAUAACUGGUGAAGAAAUAAAUGAGCCGAACAAGCCUGGAGAGUUGUGGAUUCAAAGUGAAGUGAUUUUUUCGGGUUACUACAAUGAUCCCAAAGCGACAACAGAGAUUUAUGAAGACGGGUGGUUGAAGUCAGGAGACAUCUUCUACAGAGAUGAAAAUUGGAAUUUCUUCUUCGUGGACCGGCUCAAACUUUUACUAAAGUACAAAAAUCACCAAGUUUCGCCAGUGGAAGUGGAAGGUGUAAUCAGACAGCACCCAGCUGUGCUGGACGUGGCGGUAGUGGGGUUACCAGACCCCGAAAGCGGCGAAUUACCAGUAGCAUGUGUUGUACCUAAACCGGGGCACACCAUUUUCGCACAAGAAAUAAAAGACUUGGUCAAAAACACGUUAGCGGAUUCAAAACAGCUAAGAGGCGGAGUGGUCGUGAUGAGUGAGCUGCCUCUCACCGCCACUACUAAACUGCACAGACAGAAACUUAAUCAAAUAGUCCUCACCGCGAACAGAGAAUAAAAAUAUUUGUUAUAUUAAUCUUUUUUUAUA